GCUUGAACGAAUCAAUUGUGGUAUGUUUUGAAACCCCCAUCGACCAAGUGUGUAUUGUCCUUUUAUAAAUAGCCAAAAUGUUGAUGAUUUACAAACCGAAAAAAAUUAAGUACUUAAGCCAAUGGUAAAAUACGAAUGUAAUUAGGCAAAUAUCAGAUGUACAAAAUGUUCGUAUUAUGGCACACCUGCCACUUGUUGUGCUGUUGCCAUGGUGACAAGUGACAUGAUGCCAAGCUAGGCAUUGCAGUUGCGGCGUGUGUUUAUAUACUGAGAAUGGAGUCGUCGGUUAUUUUGCGUAUAAGGAAAGGGUCUGGAUUUGGUUUCCUGGAAGAGCCAAUCCUCAUUAGAGCAUCAUUAGCUGGAACUGUACACGAGACAGAAUUAUGUCAGCCGUCAGAAGAACCUAUUCUGGAUGUUGAGUUACACUGGGACACGGAAAAGAAGGUGGUUAAGAGGUUACGAACACUAAGAACUCAGUUAAGACUGGAAUGUUUGACACAAUCACUCAAACGUAUUGGUUAUUUUCUGGUACCUCUCACAACUGCAUGGAUUAUAAAGCAUGGAGAGGAUGUAAAGGUUGAAGACAAAUGGUACAAGUUAAUCGAUGCAGGGUUUUGUAAACCACAUAAACCAGAACUUUUAAUAAGCUUACGAAUUGAAGAACGAGAGAGAAUACAAGUGGACACAGAAAUAUCUCAGUCUGAAACCAACAUCGAGAGUUGUGAAUCGUUGUUACAAGAGUCUGGUAGCCAGACAUCGUUUAAUUCAGAAUAUACAUGUCAAAAUUCCCAACUAUAUUUUCCGGAAUUGUGUGAGGCUGAAGGUUUUAUACAGAUUGGUCCUCAAGAAGAAACAAGAGAUAUAUUUUUGUUCACAGUAUUUAUUGGCGACUCUGGACAUUUGAGCUCACUUGUAACUGAUACAGAAGAUCAGAAUUCAGCAGAAAUGCACUUUAGUUUUAAUGUGUUGGGAGUAACAGUAAGGACAAAUCCAUUAGUAAACAUAUCUGAACCAGUUGUUACAAUGAAAGAGAGAAGCGUUUUUCGCAUCAGAAGUUCUCUAAAAAUAUUACAGACCUAUUUUUUAAGUAAACCUGUUAUGAAAAUAUGCCUGAUGAAAGGGGAAAAAGAAUGUGCUUCUUCAGAUGUCGAUCUCUCUGCGCUCAUUCCUAGUGACAGAAUACUAGAAUUUAAUAAUGAAUCAUUCAGCAAGUGUGUAAAACGUAAGAAACAUUGCAUUUUAUGUACAUCAGCCACAGAAGUGCCACAGGAAGUUGCACAUGAACCAUUUGUUGAUAUUUUGGUGAAACUAAAAUAUCUUGGCACAGGUGGAGAAGUUUUGUUACUGAACACUGAAGAUACAGAGCUAGCUAGAACACCACGGAAAAAACUACCAGUUGAAACUCUUGAACUUAAGGAUGUUGCAACCAGUGUUAAUAUACCAGAUUUGUCACUCAUGGAAAAGACUGCUGAAAUUAAUGAUGAUUUUAUUACACCAACUCCAGGCACUCUGAACACAGCUGUGGGACCUGGAAGUUUCUGCUGGUCUGUCAAAACAAGUGAUAAUGUUGAGCCAUAUCAUAUCUACUGCCUGCAAAUAGAGUUACAAGAGAUCAUUUUUUACAAGUAUCCACCACAGGAAAAUUUCUUUUUUAUAUUUAACCACUCAAAGGCACAAAUUUUAACAACUGCUCUUGAUGAAAUUUGUGUACAUGAAGUGAACAAAUAUAUACAUUUACAAGGCUUUGGGUGCAAAAUGCAUUUUGAAGCACCUGUUCAGGAGAUUGAUAAGCAGCUUCUGACGGAACCACCAACAAUAUCAAUUUACAAUAAGAUAAAUGGAGAAAAUAUUAAAUUUGCGGAAGCACAAUUAGAUGUGGCACUCUUGUUCUUAAACAAAGAGAAGCUCUCUACGUCAUCUGCAUUAAUAUCAGCACUGAACAAGGGUGAAAUUGUUGGCAUUUUGACAGUCUCAGUGGCACUCAAGGAUUAUGGUCUUCAGCUGCCCAUGGAUGUGAAAGCUAAAUAUACUUCGUUAGAGCAGGGUAUGAGCCCAUUGGUGUGUAAUAACCAGUUGACCUCAAAAGCUGUGAAGGAAUUGGAAGAAUGGAAAGCAAAACAGAAAGAAAUUUUUAGGGAGCAGCUACAGAGGAAAGAAAAUUAUUAUUUGACUGUUUUAUCAGCAAACUGGGAAUUAAAAAAGGAAGAACUUGAAAAAGCUAUUAACAGUAACAUACAGAAAUUUAGUGCUUUAGCACAGUCGCUAGAAGUCUCAGCUACCGAACUUUAUGGACAGUGUACACGAGCCAGGGAAGAAGAAAUUCAACUGCAAGAAUUAAAGGAAAUGUACAGAAAAACUCAAGAUGAACUGAAAAUUGAGCGAACCAGUCACGAACUUGCAAGACAGGAAUGGGAGAAAGAAAAGGCCACAUUGAAACAGAAAAACCAAAGUCUUGAGGAAGAACUUAAUAAAUUGAAAGAUACAAUCUUAAUAUUUAAUCCCAGUGGUGAAACCUCAAACAUAGUAGCAGAACUUAAGGAAAUGGAAGCCAAAUAUCAAGAUGCCCUCCGUGCAAAAAAGUUUUUUAAAGAAGAGCUGGCCUUACUGCUCCAUGAACACAGGGAAGAAAUACAAUCACAGAUGAAACACAAUAAGGAGGAACUUAAAGCCCUGGGCUUGGAGCAACUGUUACACCGGGAAAUGCAAGAUUUGCAAAAGGAUCAAGAUCUCAUUGCAGCUGCACCACGACUUUCCAUUCCUGUUCACCAGAAGUCACCUACAACCUUUAUAAGUUGUCACGAAGAUGUGCAGCGUGAUGCUUCAAGACUAAUAGAAGAGAUGGACACACUUCUCAGUACAGGAAACUAUACUGAAGAUGAUCCAGUUAUUUUGGGAUUAAAAAAUGAGAUAAGAAAUCUACAGUUGUAAAAUAACUUAACUACCUGCACACAUAAUUAAAUUAUUAGCCUGUGUCUAGCAAAGAUGAGGAGUAUCUCUUGGCAUGUCAUCAUAAUACUGUAUGUAAUAUAUGACUCUUAA